CUCCUCUCCUUUGGCAGGUUCGAACCAUAAAUAUGUACAAGGACAUCAACAUUACCCCCUACAAGCAAGAGUUCAGUGCCAAGACCCUCACUGAGUGCUGGAGAGAAUGCAUGGCCAAGUCUUCCUACUCCCUGAGGAAAACAGCUGUAGGGAAAUUCAACGCAGAGAAUUCCUGGAAGAAGAGGGGGCUGGCCAUGAUUCCCCUGAAGUAUCCUGUGGGUCUGGGCUCAGUAGCCAUGGGACAGGCAGCUGCCCUGAUUCACAUUUAUCUCGAUGGCUCUGUACUGCUCACUCACGGUGGGAUCGAGAUGGGACAGGGUGUCCACACUAAAAUGAUUCAGGUGGUCAGCCGUGAAUUAAGGAUGCCGAUGUCCAACGUCUACCUGCGUGGGACAAGCACAGAAACCGUCCCCAACGCUAAUAGCUCUGGAGGGUCUGUGGUGGCGGACCUCAAUGGACUCGCAGUAAAGGAUGCCUGCCAGACUCUUCUAAAACGCCUUGAACCCAUCAUCAACAAGAAUCCUCACGGAACGUGGAAGGAUUGGGCACAGACUGCUUUUGACCAGAGCAUCAGUCUCUCAGCUGUUGGAUAUUUCAGGGGUUAUGAGGCAGACAUGAACUGGGAGAAAGGGGAAGGCCAUCCCCAUGAGUAUUUUGUGUGUGGAGCUGCCUGCUCAGAGGUUGAGAUAGAUUGUCUGACUGGGAACCAUAAGACCAUCAGAACAGACAUUGUGAUGGAUGUUGGCAACAGCAUAAACCCAGCCCUUGACAUAGGCCAGGUUGAAGGUGCGUUUAUUCAAGGAAUGGGACUCUACACGAUAGAGGAGCUGAGUUACUCUCCUCAGGGUGUUCUGUACAGCCGUGGCCCAAACCAGUACAAAAUCCCUGCCAUUUGUGACAUCCCCACAGAGAUGCACAUUUCCUUUUUGCCCCCAUCCGAACACUCGAACACCUUAUAUUCAUCUAAGGGUCUGGGAGAGUCUGGGGUCUUCCUGGGAUGUUCGGUAUUUUUUGCCAUCCAUGAGGCCGUGAGCGCGGCUCGGCAGGAGAGAGGCAUCUCCAGACCACUGAGGCUCGGGAGUCCACUGACUCCAGAGAAGAUCCGAAUGGCCUGUGAGGAUAAGUUCACAAAAAUGAUUCCAAGAGAUGAACCUGGAUCCUACGUUCCAUGGAACAUAACUGUGUGAGUCAAAUGCGAACUCUGGAGGGACCGGGUCAACGCC